AUGGCUUUUGUCCAACAUCUCCUUUUCAACCCUGCAAUUCCCGCCGUCGAGAGGCAAAAAGCGCUUGACAGAGCCUUCUCCGACCCCGGGCUUCCAACCACCAACCCUACAUCUUCAUUCUGGCUUCGGGCUCCGCAUCCCGACCUCGCCAGAUCUCAGUCUUCUGAACUGCCAAAGAAAGCCGAAGUGGUCAUUAUAGGGUCCGGAGUGACUGGAACCUCAAUCGCAAGGACGCUCCUGACGAGUCGCAAACUGCCCGGGGGAACCCCGACCCGACCGGCUGUGGUCAUCCUCGAAGCACGCGAUGUCUGCAGUGGAGCGACGGGCCGGAACGGUGGACAUAUCCUUGAGACAGGGGAGGAAUUCGCGGAGCUUGAAGCAGCGCAUGGAGUGGAUGCGGCGAAGAAGAUCAUCAAGUUCCGCUUGGCUCACUUAAACGAGAUGCUGGCUAUAGCAGAGGAGUACGGGCUGGCCGAGCACAGCCAGGCGCGCAAGGUGCAGUUCUUGAGUGUGCACUUCCACGAGGAAGGGUGGAGGGAUGCGAAGCGGUGUAUAGAGAGGUUGAAGGAAUGUUUACCCGAGGAAACUCGUGAGUGGGAGUUGCUCGAAGGGGCAGAUAUACUGAGUAAAUUAUGUCUCCCACAUGGCCGUGGUGUCGUCGCCGGCCCCGCAGGCGCCAUCUGGCCGUAUCGUUUCGUGACUGGGGUCCUGGCCCAUUUGAAGGAAGAAUUUCCCCAGGACCUCGUCAUCGAAGCAAACACGCCUGUCACAGGUAUAGAAGACAAUAGCGUCGGAAAUAACAACUCACUACGCUACCUGGUCCAAACAUCCAGGGGCGCAAUUCGCGCUCGGCAUGUCAUCCACUGCACGAACGCUCAUGCAAGCCAUCUUAUCCCCGGCCUCAGAGGACGCAUCUACCCGAUCCGUGGUCAAAUGUCGGCGCAACACCCAGGAGACAAGUUCCCGUUCCAUGGAACCGAGCACUCAUGGAUAUUCAACUAUGAACGAGGAUUUGACUACCUUACACAGUUACCGGGUUCGGACACCGGCAAGAUGAUGAUGCUCGGCGGCGGUUAUGCGCAGGGCGAGCAAGGUGGUCUAGCCGACAUUGGGAUUUCGACAGACUCCAAUCUGAGUUUCUAUGCUGAUAUUCAUCUCUCUGGUGCGUUGAGCGCUGUGUUUGGACGCAACAACUGGGGCACUGUGUCCGGGCCCAACGUGGAGAGUAUGUGGACGGGGAAUAUGGGAUUCAGUGCAGAUGGGUUUCCCUGGGUGGGCCGACUGCCUACCUCGCUGACAUGUAGAGGGCAAAGAGAGGGAUCAAGCGGCUCCGAGUGGAUCUCUGCUGCUUUCUCAGGGGAGGGGAUGGUACAGGCGUGGUUGUGCGGUAAGGCUGUGGGAACAAUGCUGCUCCUUGAAGAGAGUAACUCGGCAGAGUCUCAAGACGCAGAUCUUGACUGGCUUCCAUCGCAGAUGCUUGUCACCCACGAGCGAGUCAAGGAAGCUGUUUUGCCUCGACAUGCAGAAGUUAUUACAUCUCAUUUGUAG